AGAGCGUUCAUAAAUCUACGUCCAGCCAAUGGGGAGGCGCGUGGUAAUCCCAGCCGGGUGAGAAAAGACCCGGUCGCGAGUUCCGAGGAUCUUUAAUCUGCGGAGAGGAGACGGUCACGAAGAGUGGCUGCUGCUUCUGGGAGAUGUCCGCUGGCUUUUGAGUAAACUUUCCUAACACCGAACCGCGUUCUGGAUCUUUCUGUGAAGGGAAGCGACGCUCGAUCCGCUGUCGUUUUAACUCUCCCACCACCAUCCCAGCGCGCGAGAGGAGUGCUCGUGCCCCGCAGCAGUGUCCAUCGACCCGCGGUCGUCAUGUCGUCCGGUGAUACCCCGGAGCAGAGUCGGCGGCUCAGCGUCCUGUCUUGGGAUCAGGUGCGCCGCUUGGACUCCAUCCUCGGGGAGAGCGUUCCCAUCCACGGCCGCGGGAACUUCCCCACGCUGUCCGUGAAGCCCCGGCAGAUCAUCCAGGUGGUCAGAGCUCGUCUGGAGGAGAAGGGCGUGGCUGUGCGUGACGUGAAGCUGAACGGCUCUGCAGCCAGCCACGUGCUUCACCAGGACAACGGCCUCGGCUACAAAGACCUGGACCUAAUAUUUGGCCUCCGUCUUUCUGAUGAUAAGACAUUUCGCCUGGUGAAGGACGUGGUGCUGGACUGCCUGGUGGACUUCCUGCCUGAAGGCGUGUGCAGGGAGAGAAUCACGGCCCUGGCCCUGAAGGAGGCGUACGUGCAAAAACUCGUGAAAGUUUGCAACGACACAGAUCGCUGGAGCCUCAUCUCACUGUCCAACAACACUGGCAAGAAUGUGGAGCUAAAGUUCGUCGACUCCCUGAGGAGGCAGUUCGAGUUCAGUGUGGACUCCUUCCAGAUCUCGCUGGACUCGUUACUGCUGUUCGACCGUUGCUCAGAGACGGCAAUGUCCGAGACCUUCCACCCUAGCGUGCAGGGUGAGAGCAUGUACGGAGACUUUGAGGAAGCCCUGGAACACCUCCGCUCCAGAACUAUCGCCACCCGAAACCCCGAAGAGAUCCGGGGCGGCGGCCUGCUCAAGUACUGCCACCUGCUGGUGCGCAGCUUCCGUCCGUCUUCGGAGAGCCACAUGAAGCAGAUGCAGCGCUACAUGUGCUCACGCUUCUUCAUCGACUUUCCCGACAUAGCAGAGCAGCAGUGGAAGCUGGAGGCGUAUCUCCAGAACCACUUUGUGGGAAUCGAGCACAAGCGCUACGAGUACCUGCUGACGCUGAGGCAGGUGGUGGACGAAAGCACUGUGUGUCUGAUGGGCCACGAGCGGCGCCAGACGCUGGCUCUAAUAUCCGCCCUGGCUCUGCGUGUCAUGGCCGAACAAAAUGCCAUCCCCGCCCUGUCCAACAUCACCUGCUACUACCAGCCUGCUCCCUACGUCAGAGACGUCAACUUCAGCAACUACUACGUGGCACAGGUUCAGUCCAUGUCCGUGCGCAGUAACUCUUACCAGACAUGGCUGCCUUGCAGCUGAGGACCAUCUUUAGGAAUAUGUGGACAUAUUUUUGUUUGACCUUUAAGUUGUUAUUAGGUGAGCAUGUUUUGUUGUUUUGAUUUCUCCGCUGCCUCCACAACAGGUGUUGGUGUUGCAUUCUGGCUCUGGCUCUGCUGGAUCAACUGGGAUUCUGGAUGGUACGGGUCACACAAUGCACAGGCCCAGUGGAUGUAAAAUAUCACCAACUAGUACUAAACUAAUGAGUCAGGCUGAAGCUUGGACCAGCCUGAGGUUCUUGCAAUAUAACGUGGCGUAAUAUUAAGCUAUUUAUACAGAAAUGAAACAAACAAUCUGAAGUGAUUACUUCAGAUAAUAGCCAGAUAAUAUAUUAGUUAUGACAUCUGUUGUAGCGUUAUCUAUAACUCGUGUUUUUAUUUUGAUUCAUAGACUUAAGAAGAUAUAUGAAGUAAACUCCCAAAACAUUUAGUACAAGUUUAGGGGCAAAUAUGGUUAUUGGAAAUAAUCCUGUGUCUUUCUGCUAUUCUGAUAUUGUAUUAAACUGAUAUUCGCUGGUCAGGCCCAUCCAUCCAUACCACCAUACAUCCGUCCGUUUGCCAUUGCAGGGUGGUGAGGGAUCUGGUGUCUGUCUCCAGUGACCUUUGAGUGACAGACUGGGUACACCCAACACAGAACGCCAGUCCAUCUCAGGACUAGUCAUGUAAUACCAUUGUCUUAAUAAGAGUGAUGGGUUGUGCUUCUUUGUUUUCUUUAUAUUUGUGACAAAAAACAAACAGAUUUGCCUUCCUAGUACAUGUUAGGAUCCUGUAGGAUCCUACAGGAUCUACAGGCUGAGUGUGCCCAACUUGAACAAGUAGAAGCCAUGGCUAUACUAGCAAAAACAACUCGGGAAAACAAUCGGAGUCGCUCCGUCCAAUACUCCGGUCCGUCAUUUCCGAUGUCCGUCAUAGUGCCUCAACAUGAUUAGGUAGCGUAGCUGCAACCAACAGAAGCAGCUGAAAUGAGUUUUCAGAUCUGUCGUCCAGGGGCAGCCCUGGUGUCUGGUGGGCCUUUAACCCUCGUGGUUCAGCUCUACCUGAACCACCUCAGGUAGAGCUUAGGUGGUUCAGACAUCUGAUAUUUCCUCUUUUACUGUUCCGUAUUUCUUGUUCGACAACCUUGAGUGACUUGAAAGGCACCUUCAAAUAAAAUGCAUUAUUAGUAUGAUAAGGCCUUUGGAGGCUUUGCAGGUAUGACCCAUCAGAAGGACAGUUCAGGAAGGCCCAGAACUCACUGGAAUAUCCUGGUCUGUUUUGGGAACGCCUUGGGAACCUCCAGAAUGAGCUGGAGGAAGUCGGAGAGGAAUGUCUGGCUGACCCUUCCUGGACAUUUUGUCCUUUAGACUCGAGCUAGGGGUGAACCAAAGACACUGGAUGUACGGAUGGAACAUGAAAGCUCAUUGAGCUUUGUAGCAACGAUUCCACCUCAUGUCAUUUACGAAGCAUUCCUUGUGAACGCGUCAUUUAUUUGUUAUUCUCAUUCUGCCAGCGAACAGAACGUGGGAAGUAAUUGUUUGGGUUCAUCUAGUCAACAUACUGGUCGGGGUCCAGAGCCGUGGGUGAGCCAGAAUGCAGUCCGCCCUGUGGUGGAGGAGGGAACGUGACACUGUGGAGACUACAGACAUUUGUGUAGACAGUACCUCUGCAGCAAUUUGGUUUUGGCUAAAAAUUCACAUCUCAAGACCCAAUUUGGACAAAAAUCCUGCUUUUGUUUUCCUUUUUAAUGCCAAAUUGUUUUGUAAAUCCAAAAACCUAAGUUAUUUUGAUUAAACUGCUGUAUAAAAAGAUGAGGGUGUGGGUAAAAUGAAACCUAUAAUCAAUGUGUUUUUUGCUCUGUUGACGGCCUUUAACCCUCGUGGAAGUGCCGGGGAAAAAUACAAAGGGUUCAUAUGUGAGAGGAACGUUGCUACUUCGGUUUGUUUUUUGAUUAGAGGCUUGGCGGAAAUGUAAAUAGUUGGAAGUGAGUCUGAAAGCAGUUUUGUGCGUGUUGUUCUCUCUGUGGUUUCAGCUGAACUGACUGGGAGGAGAGAGGAGGCAAAAGAAGUACUCUCUUGUGUAGCACCAGAAAUAAAGACUGUAAAUGGUUCCAAGUGCCUAAAUAUUAUCUUCUUUUAAUUAGUUGCUAUGUAAGAUUUAUGUUUUAACCUUUUGUUUCAGGGUUUUGUUUCCUUUGAGUUUUUUUCAUUAAAACACCUCAACAGCUGG